GAUGAUUCGACCUUUUUUGAGGGCACCAAUCCCCAACAAACCCGUCAAGGUUCAACCAUAUCUAAUUUUAGACACACAAGCAUAGGAUUCUGUUACCGACGAAUCCAAUUAUAGCACCCUGGUUAAAAACAAGCUUGUUUGCUUUGAUAUACUGGCGUGACAUUUGGAUUUAGAGACGCUGUGUCUAUUGAGCUUGCUGUUGGGUCCCAGCUUAAUGUGGGGUGCUGGCCCUUGAGAGAAAGGAUUUUGAACACUCUUGGUUUUCCGCUCAAGACAGAUUUGGGUGCAUUAUCACAUUCGUUCCUUGGUUGGCCUGCGGGAACUGUUUUUGCUGUUGUGGUUUUCGCCUUGUUGUGAACUUUUCCAACCCGGGCUCCCCCUUCUACACCAAAAAAAAAAAGCCGAACAUCCCGCAGGACCGCACUGAGUUUGAAUGUAAAGGUGGCCGCUUUCGAAACGGUACUUUUGAAGCACGUAUUGCUACCCGCAUUUGGAUACCCUGAGAGAGUAUAAACCUGAUGACCGCCCCGGACGAUUCUUGGUCGUGGGAGGUUGGGAUCGGAUUUGGAGUCGCUGGAACUGCAGUGGUGGUGUUCCACCUCGUUACGACGAUAUGGUGGCUGUUCAAAUGGCGAUCGCCAGCUAUUUGGAAUCGAAGUCCAUACGUAACCUUGAUACAAGCCGUCCUCAGCUUAAUGUAUUUCGUUCAAAACUUUGCUCAAAGCGCCAUUCCCCAUAUACCGUGCUUCAUAACGGUAUGGGGAAACAACUUUAUCACGUCCCUCUGGUACAUGUGCGUAAUAUGUCGCUCAUUACGAUUGAAACAGGAGAAUGAAAUGUUCGCUCGAAAAUUGGAGAUUCUAAGUAGAUGCGGACCCGAAUUCUCUGAAAAGACUCAAGCUCAGUCGAUUUGGCGAAAGAUGGCGGGCUUGAGGUCCUCAGAGGCCCUCCGUGACGAUCAACUACCAAAAUCAAAUUCAUAUGCCGAGAGCAAGUCCGCUACAGGCACACAGGGAUACGCUGAGCAGCCGGCUGCAUUGGAUAAUGUCCCGCCACCACCAUCCCCUCUGUACAAUGAUUUUACACUGUUUUCUGUGACGAAAGAGAAUGCGCACCGGCAGAUUGAGGUCAAUUGGUAUCUCCGUCAACGGGCGGCAGCGAUCGAUCAAUGGAUGGCGAGGAACUUUGGACUGUCAGUGGCCUUUGUUUUUGUUGUGACUAUGAUCAUACAAGUGACGACAAAGACACAUCGGAUAUGGCCGACAAUUGCAUGGACCCAUACCUGCCCCAUGGGAUGGGAAUUUCUCCCAGCAUGGACUUUUGGUGUGGUAUUCUUUUUUGUGGUGUGUCCCAUCCUCCUCUGGAAGCUCCGCGCAACAAAAGAUCCACACCUCGUACAGGUGGACGUUUACUUGUGCGUCGUCGUUGGGCUACCCUUUUCCGUACUUGGCCUCGUCUGGUGGGUAUUUAUAGAUCCCAAGUUUCCCAACGCCUUUUCGGCCGGCAAUGUUUUCUUGAUGAUGGUGGCGAUUACAGGGCAUGUAUCGUCGAUCGUUAUGCCGCUAUGGAAGGCAGUUAUGGAUGAGAAGCGAAAACGACGAAGAAAGUUGUUGAUGAACCUGGAGCACUUUAUCAUGGUUCUGGAUGAUCCAGUCUUGUCCUAUGAGUUCAGGGCGUUUACCAUUGCUGACUCGUGCGUAGAGCUCAUAAUCUUUUAUCAAGAAUAUCAAAAUCUACAGCGUCAAGCUCGAGCCAUUCUUCUCAGUCACAUCCCCCAGAGUGGUGAUGGAGCGGCUAAUAUGACUACCGAUAAUGUUCUGCACCCACUUUCGGGAUUCAUCCGACGCCUCAGCAACUUUAUGCAACAAACACCGGAAGAUGUAGAAGAUGCAGAGCAAGCUAUAGGAAUGGCCAACCCUGCCUCGUUACCGCCAAAUUCCACUAUAUCCCAACCCGACGACGCAGGCAGUCGUUCCAUGUCAUCCACAUCCCCUGCAUCCCUUACGGGUUCCAUCCGCUUAUCCGCAUCCAUCCGCAAACACGUCCGAAGCAUGUCAAAUGUAAGCAGACACUCACCAAAAAGAAGAGCUGCAUUAGAUGGAUCGGCCAUGCCUGCAUCUUUGGAUGACUUGGUCGCUGUUUCCCCUGUCCCAAAGGAACUUCGACCAUUGUUCGUUGGGUUUUUCCAAAUGUUUGUAAAACAUGAUGCUCCGAUGGCUGUCAAUGUCUCGCAUGAGGUAUUACAAUCCGUCGUGGGCAAGAUUGAACGAAAGGAAUUGGUAGUGGGUAUGUUUGACAGAGUCAAAGACGAGGUGGUGAAAAAUCUGUAUUUGAACUGCUUUCCAAAAUUCCUUCAAAUCGAACGCGCAAAGGGGAAUUAUCUGCCGCCUGACGAGAAGAUGAUAAAGUAUCCCGCUGCAUGAACGAAGCCGACGGUAGAAUGAAUGGGAAUAUAAAUGGGAGUGGACGGGCAUUUGUCAAAUUGCAUUUUGUAUUUAUUCAAAAAGUAUCAAUUUCACUGCGCA